AUCUGUUACCAAACACUCACCGCUAGCUUGUUACAAAACGUAAAACGCGCGAAUUCGAGGAACUUCUUACAAAACACAACUUCUACCGGAGCAGCGUGGAACUCGUAUCCUUAUAAGUUUAAGUACUUCGUUCCUGAAGUGCCUAAAAAAAGCAACUCAAUGGAGGGUAGACGUUCAAAGCGCAACGCUGACGCCAAGCAGGAGAUGACACCAGUCCAGAUAGAUGAAGUCUGCAAAUCAUCUCGAAACAUCCUGGCACCCAAGCGCCUUCAAUACACUCCUCCUCAUGCACCACAGCCCAUGAGGAAGCACAACUUUGAAAAUCUGCAACAUGAAGAGGAUCAUUCAAAUGAUGAAGAAGAGGAUCAUUCAAAUGAUGAAGAAAGCAACGUGGAGGGCUUAGGACUCUCAGCCUAUGAACUGGAGCGUCUGGAGAACAUCAAGCAGAACCAAGCCUUCCUCUCCUCUAUCAAUCUGCCUCAGGCAUUCCAUGACUUAAAACAAUCAUCAGCAAAACGGCAGCUUCCUCAGAAGGGACUGAAAAGGUCAUCGCCAGUGGUGAAAGAAGUCCUCCCUCCUCGGAAGUCUCUGCGUCUCCAAAACAAAUCGCCUCUUCCCAGUUCAUUUCCAGAACUGAUGAAAAUAGAGAUUCCAGAACAGGCCUACUCCCAGCCUAAGAAGUCUGCGGGGCAGAUACCUAUGGAGCCCAUGAACAUGGAUGAAGGAAGCAAGCUACCACCUCAACUCAUACAACUUUUCUCAGAGGUGUCGUCACAAGAAAGAGGAGUGGAACUGGGACUGCAAGAGUAUAUCUCUACGCUGAAGAAGAUGACGAUAAGUGAGGACAAGAUAGCUAAAGUUGUGAAGAAGCGCAUUUAUUCAGCAGCUUUCCACCCUGCAUCCACUAGUCUGCUAAUGGCCGCCGGUGACAAAUUUGGAAAUGUGGGCCUCUGGAGUUUGGGUAGCAACUGGGGUGACGACGGUGUUCUCCUUUUUGAGCCUCACACCAGAGCCAUAGGCUGCCUGGCCUUUUCAAGAACACACCCCGCUCAGCUGCUGAGCCUGAGCUACGACGGAUCCCUGCGCUGCACGGAUGUAGAGAAAGGCGUCUUUGACGAUGUUUACGACAUUGAAGACGGCCUGAAAACCUUCGACUUCCUGACAGGUGACUAUUCGACGCUCGUGGUCGGGAACUGGUUCGGAGGCAUCGCCAUCGUGGAUCGGCGCACUCCAGGAAACUCACACGAAUCCUUCUACUCACUGGACUGCAAGGUUCUGCGCUGCGUCAGUGUUCACCCGUGCCAACGACAAUACUUUGCCGUGGCCGAGAGCAGGGAAGUGAACAUUUAUGACACGCGAUGUCUGAAGAAGACAAGAUGUCAACCCGUUUCCCAGCUGCGGGGUCAUUCUUUAAGCAUACCCAGUUGCUACUUCUCUCCAUGCACUGGCAACAGAGUGGUCACUUCAUGUAUGGACAACAACAUAAGGAUAUUUGACACAUCUGCAUUGACGGCUGAAGUCCCCCUGCUGACAUCCAUCCACCACAACAUGAGGACGGGCCGUUGGCUGUCCAAAUUGUCGGCCGUUUGGGACCCCAAGCGAGAGGACUGCCUUUUGGUUGGCAGUAUGGAAAAGCGACGUCAAGUAAUGGUGUUCCACGAGACCGGCCGUCCCUUGCACAAAUUUGUGGACGGCGAGCACCUCAACACGGUGCUGUCCGUCACCGCCUUCCACCCCGCCCGAAACGCCAUCUUGGGCGGCAAUGCGUCUGGACGACUGCACGUCUUCUCGGACUGAGACUCCUCUUGACACCAAUGACAAAUGGUGGGAACAGUUUAAAAAUACUGAGUUUCUAAAAUGUUACAUAAAGGUGAGCACUUGUGGGUUUUUCUUGUAUACAUUUUUCUAAGUGAGUCUUAUAUGAUUGGAAUCAAAUCUGUCGAUGCUGUUUCCUUUUUUAUUUUUGAAAUGUAGUUCAAUAAAUUAUAUUUUCAGUCGGAUUCAUUUCAAGCUGCAGU